AUGUCAUACAAUCAAUUUCCCAACAGAAGACGAGUAAUACAAGCAUGUGUCAACUGCCGUAUGCGCAAGACGCGCUGUGACGCUGCUCAGCCAAGAUGCGGCCUCUGCACUUCACAGAACGUCGAUUGCGUCUACCGAGAUGCGAAACAGCCCAAGAUUGACUAUAACACUCAAGUCCUCCUGGAGCGGAUGCAACUUCUAGAAGAUCGCAUCUUGUCGUCAAAUUCAACAUCACAGAGUCACAGAGCUCCGCCGGAAGCGUCACCUAUGAGCCAUCAUGAUCCACAACCUGACUCAAUCACUGAGGGCCGUGAACCCGUCUUUGAAGUUCAAAUACCGUUAGUCGCAUACGGCCAACGCCAAUCACGUUUUCUCAUGGAGCUUGGUCCAGAAACUUCUGGAAAAGGAUGGCACAGACGAACAGAACUUGUCGAGCUAUGCAGAUGCAACCGAAGUCUUCUUCCAAGAGCAGCAGAACGGCAAACAUCCUUCAACAACGUCGCAGCCUCUUUCCUCGUGGAAGCUCUAGGAGAGCUCAUACUUUACUUUAUUUCGCGAUGA